GGAGCGCGGCGGGACCCGGUGCGGGUUGCCCGCCUGCGGGGCCGCGCCAUGGGGCGGCGGGGCCGGCACCGGGAAGCCUGAGCCGCCACCGGACCGCGGGAUCCGCUGCUGCCGCUGCCGCCCGGAGCCUGGGGUAAGCCCGACGGGAUCGCCGAGCUCCUCCGCCAGUGGGGAUGCUCCCCGUGGGGUGGAAUGCUGCGUCGGACGGUGCGGAUGGGUGGGAGGUGACCCUGCCCCGCCGGGUGGCUCGGUGACCUUGGGUGAGAUGUCCCGGAAAGGACGAGGGGAGGCGGGAGGCAGUGUCCCACGGUUGGGUUGCGGAGUUGCCCUCGGCUGGGAAGAGCGGGAGCUGCGGACUCACUGCUGCGCUGCUCCGGGGAGACGGUCAGCUAAGGUGCCGAACUGUGCUGCCCUGCUGGGAGAACCUGGAGCAACAGCUGGCUCUCAGCGGGACGGGAAGGCUCCCAGAACGGUGCCGCAGAGCGGGGCGAGGAGCGGGUAAGCCGAUACCAGCAGCCCGCUUCCCUUCGCUCACCGCUGGCUUUCAUCAUUUCCAAAGGAGCCCAAACUCCGGCCGGACUCGAGAGCAGCAGCUCUCGGCGCGGCGCUGUGCCUCCCGUCCCUCUCCUUCCCAGGAGUCCCGUGCUCGGCCCCGAAACGCAGCUGUGGGGCACGGGCUGGGGGUGCCGGGCUGUCCCUCUGUGGUGCCGGAGCUGCGGGACCUGCCGGCAGGUGUCAGUGUGCCCCCUCCGUCCGCAGCCGUGGGGUCUGCACAGGGCAGCCCCCUGCGCUGAGCCCCGGCUGGGAUCGGGGGGCUGCUGAGCCCCGGGGAGCGGGAGGCUGGCCCCACACACACCGCCGCAUGUUUUUCCUCUGCUCCUGAUGCUGCCUAUUGGGGUGAAGCCACUUCACACUGCGCUCGCUCCGACAGUAGGAGGGGAUGCCGCUGUGUGCGUGAGCUUCCCCCCCUCCCCCUCCCAAUCCUCCCGGGAGCUGACUUCGGGGAUGCUCGGGGCUGCGAGCUCGGCCCCAGGCAGGGGAAGCAGCCGCCGUGCUGAGGGAACUGGAUUUGGCACGUUGCUCUUUCAAGAGGGUCUCUGCUUGUGGGUUUGGAAGUCUCUGGUGAGCAAAGCCAGAGGGCACAACACAUGGCACUGGUGUGACACAGAACGCGCAGCUGCCAUCUCCCUCGACCGCAGCCCGGGCUUCAUCUCAUCUGAUGUCUUAUGCAAAUCCUGAGCUCCCCGAGUCCUGGGAUUUUCUGACAUUUUCCUUUACUCUCAUCUUAAAGUUCCUUGCUCUAAGAAAAGCUAAUAAAAGGAACCCAAAUCAUAAUGUCUUGCAGGUUUUUAAACCAGUCUCAUGGGCGGGGGGGAGAGGCAGUGACUUAUUGAAGUCGUUUAGCAAGCUCGGGGCCGUGAUGGGGAUCACCAACAUUGCUGCUCAGACAGGGACAGCAGGCUCAGAAGUGGCUGUCCCUGUGCUCGGGAUUCAGGUCCUGCACAGUCCUGGGUGGGCAGGGAGUGGAGCUGACCCCACAGCACUGCAAAUAGCAUCGGCAUGCACAGCUGAGCCCAUCUGCUCCAGGCACUUAGCCUCUGCCCAGCCUCUCUAAGUGGCCUUAAUUUGAUAAAUCUUUCCCACAUUUAAUAAGAAGGUGACUCUGUUAGAGUUUCAUCCCUGCUAAAAGGCAUCGGCAGGAGCUCGAGGCAAGCCCUCUCCUAUUGCUCCUGCAUGGAUGCACCUCAGCUGGCCCUGUCCCCAGGGAUGCUGGAGCAGGAUGUCACCCGUCUGCCAGCAUCAGCUACCUGGGGGCUCAGACACAUCCCCAGCCAACCCCCUUGUGAAUGCUUCACGGCAUACAGGCGGCCGGAUCAGUUUCUGCAGCGUGAAAGGGCAAAAAUCAAUGUUAAUGUCCCUGACAAUUAGCUAAUGUCUUAAUUAUCGAACCCUGCUUGAUUAGUGGAGGAGCGUGUUGCUCCAGAGCUGCCUUGCUGGCGGCAUCCAAGCAGGCAGGACAUGGCACAGCUUGGCAGGGUGAUGCUGCUGCCGGGACCUACGGCUUGUCCAGCUGCUGACGAGGAGCCCAGCAUGUCCUCCUGCCCCUCGCUUUCUGGGUGAAGGCACCAAAAGCAGAAGUGAUCCUAUUGCCAUCUCAGUGCUUAGGGCAGGAGGAAGCCUCAGAACAUACGGGGUUUUGCAGGAAGCUGUUUUUUGAGACGCAGCUCGUGGCAAUCCCAGCAAUGCACGGGUUGUCGCCUGCAGGAAGCAGGGACAGAGAGGGCUGCACCAGGACCAGGUAGAGCUGGGCAGGAAAUAGGCUGUGCUCCUGGGCAUGUCUGCCAGGGACAUUUGUGCUGAAAUGCCUCUUCCUUCGUGUUAAGGUUUUUAUAGACAAGGGGAAAAAAAUAAUUAGCAAGCUGGAAUUUUUCCAGCUUUUGCGAUACAAACCCUAAAUCAAGAAGAAGAAAAAAAUGAGUAGUCAGAUGCUUCUCAUCAAAUCUCCAUUCUUUUGGAUCAAGGAUAAGUGAUUAGAAAGUUAUUUCCAGCUCUAGUAGUGAGGUCAAUGGGGUUAUGAGCUACCAAAGAGCUGUGCUGUCCGCUGCUUCUGCAAGUACAGAUUUGCACUUACAUACUUAUUUUAUCCUACCCACCUCCAAUACGAGCAAAUAGAGCAGGGUGGCUAAUGAUGGUGUGGGAUAGCUGGUCCCUGGUAUCAGCUUGGUUCCUUCAGCAUCACCAAGGCCAAUCAUCAACCUAAUGCAGAAGGUCCCACCACUAACCUGUGUCCCUAAGUGCCAUGUUUGCAGGGAAGAGGACUCUCCCACUGCCCUGCGCAGCCCAUUCCAGUGCUUGGUUGACCCUCUCUGUGAAGAUAUUCUUCCUAAUGUCCAACUGAACCUUUCAUGGCACUGCUUGAGGCCAUUUCCUCACGUUCUAUCACUCAUAUAUCCUGUCUUCCAGCCCUUCACUAACCUCACUGCUCUUCUCUGAAUGCAUUCCAGCAGCUCAGUGUCCUUGUAGCAGAAGUCCCCAAACUGAACAUCAGCACUGUAUACAAGGGUUGGUCACCCCCCCCCCCGGCCCUGCUGGCUGUGCUGCAGCCCAUGGCAGCCCCUAGCCCACCUGUGCUCUGCUGGCACCUUCAUCAGGAUUAUUGCAGCUGACAAGAACUUCAAUUUUGGUUCCAAAUUGCCAGGGAGCCGGCUGAGAGCACGUCAUCAAAGCACACCCUUAAGGGUUUAAAAAUAGAAGAAAAGGGGGAAAAUAAUAAUAAUGCGUAUUUAAGUGGGAUGAUUCAUCUGCCAAAGCCCUGGUUUAGGAGAGUGUGGGGUUGGUGCGUGCUUGGCAGGAUGAGCAUUGGGUGGCUCCUGCUACGGAGAAUAACGGGCAUAUCCUAGAAGAACUGUGAAUAUAGGGUCCCCAAACCCUUGUUCCCAUUGACCCCUAUCCCAUUCCAGAGCCUGCCUGCAGCUGCUGGCUUCUCCCAGGUCUUAACUGGCCUGGGGAUAAGGCACGGAGCUGGCACACAGGCAGGGUAAGCCCAGCUCCGUCUGUUUGAAGUCUGGAGCCUUUGCUGGGCUCCAGAGAUAAGCCCGGGAGCCCUCCCUGCAUCCCUGUUGCCCUCCCCUCCGUGGCCCAGUUCCAUAUUUUUAUACCCAGCAUUUACAUCGGCUAAUGAAGAACGAGUCAGUUCUGACGUUCCUGUGCUGACUUUGAACUCUGCUCUGUUCAAAGCAGGUUUUUAGGCAACCAGCCCUUGCUGCAUGAGGCAAGAAACAUCUCCCUGCUCUGGCUCAGCCCCUGCACCUUGCAGCUCCUUAUCACUAGCUGCCCUACGGAGCACAGCAAAUGCAGGCUCUGACCCCAGGCUGCUGCUUCCAGCAAACCUCCCGUGUUUUAAGAUGCUCAGUGGAGAUGCUACAAGACCAGUAAGGUCUCAGCUCAAGAUGAAUGCUGGUUGUCUUCCAAACACUGAUGUGGCGAGUCCAGGGUAGACAAGCCCAUUCAACCACCUGGCACAGGCUGCCCAGGGAGUUGGUGGAGUCACCAUCCCUGGAGGUGUUCAUGAAAUGUAUAUAUGUGGCACUGAGAGACAUGACUUAGUGGGCAAUACUAGUGGCAGGUGGAUGGUUGGACUGGAGGAUCUAGAGGUCUUUUCCAACCUUUAUGAUUCUAUGAUUCUAUCCAUCUGCACACCCACUCAUCCUCCAUCUCAGCCACUAACAUGGCACAAAGGGAAGCCCAGCACCACACCAACAGCUAGAGCAGUUAACUUUUCCUAUGCCUUCAGGCUGUUUUUUAACUAACCUAAGAGAAGCUAUUCAUGGUCAUGAUGGACACCCCCAAAAUGUUCCACAUCCAUUAUCUCCUUCCUAGGUUCUCCCUGGGAUCUUCAUAGAAUCAUUUGAGUUGGAAGGGACAUUUAAAGGCCAUCUGCUCCACCUCCCCUGCACUAAACAGGGACACCCACAGCUUCAUCAGGUGCUCAGAGCCUGUCCAGCCUGAUCUUGGGGGUCUCUAGGGACGGGAUCUAAAUCUCCCCUCUUUUAAUUUGAAACCAUUUCUCCUUGUGCUGUCACAAUAGACCACGCUACAGAAUCUGUCUCCUUCUUUCUUGGAUGACUCCCCAUCCUCUCCUCACCAGUCCCCGGUGACCUUAGGGCCACAAGCAACUCACACCCAUGUCACCUAGCACAAAGUUGCCCUGCACUCAUGAUCUACCCGUCAUGCGGUGCCAUUGCAGGGCAGGAUCCGUCCCCAAGGAGCGUGGCGGGGCGAGAGAAUGAAGGAUCCGGCUGGGCAGCAGCAGCAUGGGGCAGCAGAACCUGCGGCGUGCUGACGGGCUCCUGCCGAUGCUCCCGUGGCCCCUGGCCCUCCUGGCCCUGAGCGUGUGCUGCGGGGCAGGCGGCGUGGCCACUGAGCAGCAUGUCUCCAGCCCAGCAUCCCCUUCUUCCUCAUCCUCAUCCUCCUCCUCUGGCCGAGCACCCCUUGACUGGCUCCUCACCGACCGGGGUCCCUUCUACCGAGCCCAGGAGUACGUGGACUUCAUGGAGCGCUACCGGCAGGGUUUCACCACCAGGGAGUUUGCACGCUGGAAGGUGAACAACCUGGCCUUGGAGAGGAAGGACUUCUUCAGCUUACCACUGCCCCUCGCCCCCGAAUUCAUCCGCAACAUCCGCUUGCUGGGGCGCCGGCCCAGCCUGCAGCAGGUCACCGACAGCAUCAUCAAGAAAUACGGGACACACUUCUUGCUGGCUGCCACACUGGGAGGAGAGGAGUCCCUGACCAUUUUUGUGGACAAACGCAAGCUGAGCCACCGGGCAGAGCUGUCAGGGGCUGGGAACGGCUCAGCAGUGUCACUGGAGACGCUGCACCAGCUGGCAGCCUCCUACUUCAUCGACCGCGAGAGCACGCUGCGCCGGCUGCACCACAUCCAGAUUGCCACGGCUGCCAUCAAGGUGACAGAAACACGGACAGGGCCGCUGGGCUGCAGCAAUUACGACAACCUGGACUCGGUGAGCUCGGUGCUGGUGCAGAGCCCAGAGAACAAGGUGCAGCUGCAAGGGCUGCAGACGGUGCUGCCCCAUCACCUGAGGGAGCGUUUCGUGGCAGCCGCUCUGAGCUACAUCGCCUGCAGCUCGGUUGGGGAGCUGGUGUGCCGCCGGAGCGACUGUCGCUGCCAAUGCCAGCCCACCUUCCCCCACUGCAACUGCCCUGAGGCCGACAUCCAAGCACUCGAAGGCAACUUGGUCCAGCUCCAGCGCGCCUGGGACAGCCACCACAGCCAGUUUGAGGAGUCAGAGGAGUUUCAGGCCUUAGUAAAGAAGCUCCCAGGGGACCGCUUCCUGAACAGGACAGCCAUCUCCCACUUCUGGGCCAUGGACCUGGACAUUCAACACCGCUACCAGCAGCUGGGCACCAGCCUCAAGCUGCUCUCCAGGAAAACCCACCACAUCAUCCGGAGGCUCUUCAACCUCAGCAAACGCUGCCACCGGCAACCCCGCUUCAAACUGCCAAAGGAGAGGCCACUUCAUUACUGGUGGGGCCGUGCUCAGUCGCUCCUCUACUGCGGUGAGACGACAGUGCCUGGGACCUUCCUGGAAGAAAGCCACAGCUGCACGUGCCCCUCAGAGCAGCCCUCCUGCCAAGGGGCCAUCCCGUGUGCCUUGGGUGAGGGGCCAGCCUGCGCCAGCUGCGCCGAGGACAACAGCACUCGCUGCGGGACCUGCAACCACGGCUAUGUGCUGGCCCAGGGCUUCUGCCGCCCCGAGGUGGCCGACUCACUGGAGCAUUACCUGGGACUAGAGACAGAUCUGCAGGACCUGGAGCUCAAGUACCUCCUGCAGAAACGGGACAGCCGCAUAGAGGUGCACUCCAUUUUCAUCAGCAAUGACAUGCGCCUUGGGAGCUGGUUUGACCCCUCCUGGAGGAAGCGCAUGCUCCUGACCCUGAAAAGCAACAAGUACAAGCCGGGCCUGGUUCACGUGAUGCUGGCCCUCUCCCUGCAAAUCUGCCUCACCAAGAACAGCACGCUGGAACCUGUCAUGGCCAUCUACGUCAACCCCUUUGGGGGAAGCCACUCGGAGAGCUGGUUCAUGCCCGUCAACGAGGGCGGCUUCCCAGACUGGGAAAGGACUAAUGUGGAUGGCUCUGCCCAGUGCCAAAACUGGACGCUCACUUUGGGCAACAAGUGGAAGACCUUCUUUGAAACAGUCCACGUCUACUUGCGGAGCCGCAUCAAGUCUCUGGACGAUAGCUCCAACGAGACCAUCUAUUACGAGCCCUUGGAGAUGACGGAUCCCUCCAAAAACCUGGGCUACAUGAAGAUCAACAGCCUGCAGGUCUUUGGCUACAGCCUGCCCUUUGAACCAGACUCCAUUCGUGACCUGAUCCUGCAGCUGGACUACCCCUACACGCAGGGAUCGCAGGCUUCAGCCAUGCUGCAGCUGGUGGAGAUCCGGGACCGGGUGAACAGACUGUCACCCCCUGGCAAAACCCGCCUCGACCUCUUCACCUGCCUGCUUCGUCACAGGCUCAAGCUGGCCAACAACGAGGUGGCCAGGAUCCAGUCCUCUCUGCGAGCCUUCAAUGCACGGCUGCCCAAUGCAGUGGAGCAGGAGAUGGGCAAGCUGUGCAGCUAGCAGCUGGGCCACUCAAAUCACAGAGCAAGAGAGCCUGGUGAAAAGACUCCCCUGAAAAAAAUAAAAUAUUAAAAAGCACCCCAAAAAGAAUGAAAUCAAGGCCUUACCUUCAUG